AUGCCAGCACCGUCGGCUCCGCUCGAAGAGACCGGAUCUGUCCAGUCCGCAUGCAAGGCAUACCUGCAGGCCAAGGGUUUCAGCUCGCCAGAGGAACUGGCGAGAAAGCUCCAGCGCUGCCAAGCCAAAGGAUCAAGGAGCUUGGCACCUAAGCCGGAGCCCGACAUCCCGGGUGCUGUGGAUACUACGAACUUGCAAUGCCAGUAUACAUCUGCACUGAACGCGCACUCAAGUUGCUGUGGUUGGAGACCACACUUCAAUUGGGUGGUGGGCACCUGCGAGAGGAACCCGAGGAUUCCUAAUGCUUCCUUCUGCGAUGGUGUGCCCGAUUGCGCUCGUGAGCCUAAAAUCAACUAUGCCGCCGCCUACCAGUUCAAUGGCAGCCACUUCAUUCUGCAAGAUUCUUCAACAGCCGGAGAUUUAUCAGAUGCAGGAGUUUCGGGGUCGCAUGCCACAAAGACGGGUUGGGAGUCGGCAAAAGAUCGCUUUCGCUGGGAGGGUGGUGAAGGCGAUUGGCCAACCAAGUACGCGCCAUGGGGCCUUGGCGAGAGCGGCCCUCGCGGAAUCACUCCACCUGCAGCACUGUGGGUGUUGAGCACUGACAGCUUUUAUUAUGGCACCUUAUAUAUGCUGUCGCAGCUCACGCUUAACACCCAGGGUGUUGGGGAGCAUGCUAACUGCUGGGAAUGGGAGUUCGAUGCGAUCGAGGGUCUUAUCGGAACGGUACCAAGAGGAAAUCCGUUACCAGGCAACCUCAACCAGCUCUACGUGACUGCCACGGCUCAGGUCAGUGGUUGCAUGCCCAUGCCAGGAACAGCUGCUCAGGGCAAUGGACAGGCACGCCGUUUUGCCCAGCCCCACACGUUCCAGGCCUUCUGCGACAGCAAUCCUGCAGCGGUGGGAUGCCAGCCAUGGACUCGUGAGGGCGCAGACAUAUGGCAUGGCGGCGGGUAUCGCAGCACGGACCGCUUCGAGAACUCUGAAGAGACUCCCUACGUUUUCGCUGUUGUGCUUGACCAUCAAGGCUUUUGGGUGUAUCGAUGGCGGCCUGAUGACUCUGGUGAAACCGGCUGGCCAGGAAUUUCUCGAACCAGUGCAAAACGUGUUCUCGGGAGUCGGCCUCGUCCUGUUUCUGAUCCUAGUGGGCUGGAAACCAACGUGAAGUCUAAUGUUCGCGAAGCGGUGAUCCUGAUUCCCAGUCUGCCCCCGGAGGCCUCUUGCACACGCUCCCUUCCAGAACAAGUUGAUUGGCGCUGGGGAGCUGCUGCGCUGGGGUCCAUGGCAUACGAGGCCGAUGAGUACAAGCUGGGGGGGAAGCUGCAGGGAGCUCAGAAUUGGUGGGCUCAUUUUGCGGAUACCGGGCAGCUGCAGAACUAUCCGCUCUCAAUUGCUGGCGUGCCUGCCUCUGGCACAGAAGGUUCCCAGUUCUGUGAUCAGCGCGAUAAGUUUGGACAGAAAUGUGAUUGCAUGGAUCGUGACCAGCACGAAGCAUCACUUCCAGAAACCAGCACUGCAACCAGCGCUGAAACCAGCGCUGCAACCAGCGCUGCAACCAGCGCUGCAGCGCCGAGCACGGAGGUAGGGCUCAUGGUACAGAAGCUCCUGCGCGGUCAACAGACCGAAACAAAACUCCGUAAACCACCCAACUAG